AUGACAGCUCCUCCUACAAUUCUCUCGCGCUUCCUCUCCAAUCCUAACCAGCUGGGUGUGGUAGCUGUCGGCUUCAAUGGUGGACAAGGCAAGAAAGGUGUAGAGGCAGCACCGAUGGCACUCAUUGAAAACGGUCUACUCACUCAACUGCGCGAAGACCUUGACUACGAGGUCCACCACGAUGAUGUGGUUCAUUACUACGAGAACGACAUUCCCGCCGACGAUCCCGAUCACCGGGGCAUGAAGAAACCCCGCGCUGUUAGCGCCGUCACUGAGCGUCUAAGCUCCCAGGUCUACGAACAUGCCAAGGACGGCAAGCUUGUUCUCACCCUCGGCGGCGACCACUCCAUCGCCAUCGGCAGUGUCUCCGGUACUGCCAAGGCUAUUCGUGAGCGAUUGGGCCGCGAGAUAGCUGUUAUUUGGGUUGAUGCUCAUGCCGACAUUAACCGGCCUGAAGAUAGCCCUAGUGGUAACAUCCACGGUAUGCCCGUGGCCUUCUUGACCCGGCUGGCCCGGGAAGAGAAGCGUGAUGUCUUUGGCUGGCUCGAGGAUGACCACAUCAUCAGCACUCGCAAGUUGGUAUACAUUGGUCUACGUGAUGUUGACCGUGGCGAGAAGAAGCUUCUGAAGGAGCAUGGCAUCAAGGCGUUUAGCAUGCACGACGUUGACCGUCAUGGAAUUGGACGUGUUGUCGACAUGGCUCUCGCUCACAUCGGCAACGAUACUCCUAUCCACCUCUCGUUCGAUGUUGAUGCUUUGGAUCCCCAGUGGGCUCCUAGCACUGGUACCCCAGUGCGAGGAGGACUCACCCUGCGCGAGGGUGAUUUCAUCUGCGAGGCUGUACACGAGACUGGCAAUUUAGUAGCCAUGGAUCUGGUCGAGGUGAACCCCAGCUUGGACACUGUCGGCGCCAACGAGACCAUCCGCGCCGGAUGCUCAUUAGUCCGCAGUGCUCUGGGCGAUACCCUCCUUUAA